AUGCCGCCAAGGUUACGACUCCAAGCCAGCAAGCGCUUGCGCCUGAGCACAUCCAACGCCGCAUACCCUUCAUGUCAAUGUCGAUACGCCUCUCUGGCUGCUGCCACCACUCCGGCCCCUUCAAUUGAGUCGACAAUUCACGCCUCCUCUCCCAUCUCGCGCCAUCCUCCCACCCAACCUCCGCCAUACAAGCCUGCCGAGUUUCGCAAGACACAACUUCACCGUCUCUACACAUCCCUGAUUCGCUCAUCACCUUUGAUGCUGGUCUUCCAACACAACAACCUCAAGGCUUCAGAGUUUGCAGGAAUCAGGAGGCAGCUCAACUUUGCUCUGGAGAAGGUCGACGCUGAGCUGGGUACCGAGGCUUCGCCGUCUGUCAUUGGCAAAUACACCGAGCUGCAGAUCGUCCAGACUGGUAUCUUCGCUUCUGCUGUCAAAGUCGCCGAGUCUUUCAACCCGGAAUCCUUCUCCGACACUGCCAGAACGCACCACCCCCAAGACCCGGCCACCAACACCUCCACUACCCUCAACACAAAGCCUGCUAGCCCGCAAUACACACACAGCUUGUCAAGGGCAGCAUGGAAGACUGCUAGAAGCGCAAAGGCUCAGACUGGUCUCGAACCCUUGUUGUCCGGUCCUCUGGUCGUUCUUACAUUCCCUCUGGUCUCGCCCCAGCACUUGAAGGCUGCCAUGACCAUCCUUUCACCCUCGGAGGCUUUCCCUGCUCCUAAGAGAAAAGCAAACCCUGGUCUCUAUGAGCCCACCAUCCAGAGCGGUCUCCAAAAACUCAUGCUUCUCGGUGCCCGCGUCGAGGGCAAGGUCUUCGAUCUGGACGGCACCAAAUGGGUCGGUGGCAUCUCUGGUGGUCUGGAUGGACUCAGAGCCCAACUCGUGUACAUGCUGCAAUCCCUGCCUGCCACCCUCACAAACACUCUCGAGGGUGCAGCAAAGAGCUUGUACGUCACCGUCGAGAGCAGACGUCUGGAUAUGGAACCCAAGGAAGACAAGCCCGAGGCAGAGAAGAAGGAGGAAUAG